AUGGACAAGCAAGGGCCUGUUGUACUGGAGAGCCUGUUGAAGCAGGAUUAUUAUGAGAACUGCCCAGGAUGUAAGGUGGAUCGGCGGAAAGAGUUGCAGCGCGGUCUGCCCAUCAAGCAAGUCCUUACUAUAUGGAUUAUUGUGCUUUCAACAGCUUUGACAAUAUCAUCUCUCUUUCCAUUCCUUUAUUUCAUGGUAAAAGAUUUUCACAUCGCAAAACAAGAAGAAGAUAUCGGUUACUAUGCUGGUUAUAUAGGUUCUGCAUACAUGCUUGGAAGAGCUUUGACAUCUGUCAUGUGGGGUACCAUUGCCGAUAGAUUUGGUCGUAAACCUGUGAUAAUUAUAGGCUGUGCAGCAGUGGUUGUUUUCAACACUCUCUUUGGACUCAGCAUAAACUUUUGGAUGGCCAUCUCCAUGAGGUUUCUUCUUGGUAGUUUGAAUGGUUUAUUAGGACCAAUAAAGGCGUAUGCAUGUGAAUUAGUUCGGGAUGAGUACCAAUCUGUAGGACUUUCAGCGGUUAGUACAGCAUGGGGCACAGGAUUAAUCAUUGGUCCAGCUUUAGGAGGAUUUCUUGCUCAGCCUGCAGAGAAAUUUCCUGCAAUAUUUUCGUCAAAUUCUAUAUUUGGAAGAUUCCCAUAUUUCUUGCCCUGCCUGAUUAUAUCACUCCUUGCAUUGCCUGUCACUAUUGCUUGCUUUUGGAUCCCGGAAACUUUGCAUACACACAACUCAGAUAAUAUAUCAUCUCAAAUUUCAUACGAUGUUCUGGAGUCUGCAUCUCCCAGGUCUACUGAUAAUGUGGACCUGAAGGAAGGAAGUGAAACAACUUCUAAAAGUAGCCUCCUCAAGAACUGGCCCCUGAUGUCAUCCAUCAUAGUGUACUGUGUUUUCUCCCUUCAUGAUAUGGCUUACUCUGAGAUAUUCUCAUUAUGGGCAGUGAGUCCCAGACGGCUUGGAGGAUUAAGUUAUUCAACUCAAGAUGUUGGUGUAGUUCUUGCAAUUUCAGGUUGUGGCCUAUUAGUCUUCCAGUCCUCUUUAUAUCCACUUGUGGAGAAAAUGAUUGGACCUAUCAUGGUCUCUCGACUUGCAGGAAUUGUGUCAAUACCAUUACUGACAAGUUAUCACUAUAUUGGCAUGCUAUCUGGAAUUGGCCUAUCAAUAUUAUUAAAUUGUGCAUCACUGGUGAUGAAUGUUCUAUCUAUCUCCAUUGUAACGGGUUUGUUCAUAUUGCAAAAUAGAGCCGUGGAACAACACCAAAGAGGAGCUGCCAAUGGUAUUGCCAUGACCUUGAUGUCACUUUUUAAAGCUGCAGGUCCAGCAGGAGGAGGAGCACUUUUUUCCUGGGCAGAGAAGCGUCAGGAAGCCAGCUUCCUUCCAGGAGACCAAAUGGUGUUCUUCAUCUUGAAUAUAAUGCCGCACACAAGUGACUAG